UCUUUGCUGGAUGUUCAUACGCGGCGGCAACAUGAGAAUUUUGUUUGUUUUUAUUGCCUCAAUUUUGAUGGCUUUGGGCGGUCUGCCGCAGCAGACGGAGAGUGCCAAAAUCUUGGCUACACUCUCAAUGCCAGGGCGCUCGCAGUACAUCUUUGUGGAGAACUAUCUGAAGGCACUGGCGGCACGAGGUCACCAGGUUACAGUGAUCAACCCGUUCAAGAACAACAAGGCCACACCGAACAUGCGCUUCAUUGAGGCAACCAAAGUGCAGGAGUAUGCCCAGGAAAUGCUUACCGAAAUGGACGGCUCCAAUAUGUGGCAGGAGUUCAAUGGAUACACGAGGCUCAUGGAAAAAAUCAACAGCUGUACACUAGACGAUGAAGCGGUGCAGCAGCUGCUGAAAUCCGGAGAAACCUUCGACGUGGUGCUGGCAGAAAUGAUUGAAGCACCUCCGCUGUAUGGCCUGGCGCAGCAUUUCAAUGCCACCUUGGUGGGUUUCUCCAGCUACGGCACAGACUUUCGGAUCGAUAGAAUCAUGGGUAAUAUCUCGCCAGUGUCGUAUAAUCCCAUGAUUAUUGCACCACGCACGGAUCGCAUGUCCUUCAGCGAGCGUCUCACGAAUCAUUAUGAAUAUUUGCUGGAACAAGUGCACCGCGAAUUGGUGCAUCUCCCAGCCAUGGAACGACAGUAUAAGAAAUAUUUCCCAAGGGCACAGAAAACAAUGGAUGAGGUCUUGGACUCGUUUGCGUUGGUGCUGCUGGGACAGCAUUUCUCAGUGUCAUAUCCACGUCCCUAUAUGCCCAACAUGAUUGAGGUUGGAGGACUGCAUAUAGCACACAAGCCACAGCCACUGCCCGAGGACAUCAAGGAGUUUAUUGAGGGAGCGCAGCAUGGAGUGAUUUAUUUCUCCAUGGGUUCGAAUGUGAAGAGCAAGGAUCUGCCCCAGGAGACACGCGAUACGCUGCUGAGGACUUUCGGCAAACUCAAACAGCGAGUGCUGUGGAAAUUCGAGGAUGAUCAACUGCCUGGAAAGCCCGCGAAUGUGCUGAUCAAAAAGUGGUACCCACAGCCGGACAUCCUUGCGCACUCCAAUGUGAAGAUAUUCAUCACCCAUGGGGGUCUGCUCAGCACCAUCGAGAGCCUAUAUUUCGGGAAGCCCGUACUCGGUCUGCCCGUGCUCUACGACCAGCAUAAUGUGGAACGCGCGAGACGCAUUGGCUUUGGCUUGGGGCUGGAUCUGCACCAACUAAAGCAGGAGGAACUCGAGGCAGCCAUUCACAAACUGCUCUCUGAGCCCAGCUAUGCCAAGGCCUCGUCGCAGAUCUCGGAGCGGUAUCGCGAUCAGCCGCAGCCAUCGCUGGAGCGGGCCAUUUGGUGGACAGAAUACAUCAUCCGCCAUCAGGGUGCACCGCAUUUGCGUGCGGCAUCGCGCGAUCUCAACUACAUUCAGCUGCACAGCUUGGACACGCUUUUCGUGCUGGUGGGCGUUCCGCUGCUGAUUGUCGGAUUGCUGCUCAAACUAUCUUGUAGAUUGUUGCGGGGCAGUAAACCCAAAAGCUGUCCGUUUGCUGAUAAGCAAAAGAAACAGUAGACACACUUCCCGAGUUUUUAUUUGUAUUUGUUUAUAGUUUUAUAUUAGAAAGUGAUAUCAGCUCUUAUCACUGCUGUAUAAAAGCUGUUCUGUUAUCUCUGUCUCCAA